AUGGUCCAACUACAGAACUUCUUCUUUUUCAUUACUUCCAUGGUCGUGCCUCGUGGCACGGCAGCACCCGUACUAUUGAAAUGGUUCGUCAGUAGAGAUGUUCCCACUGGUGCCCCUUCUUCCAAUGGUACUAUAAUUCCUAUUCCUAUCCCGGAAUUCCUUUUUUUGGUCUAUCUACAUUCCAGGAAAUUCAUACGCUCCAUGGACAGAGCAAAAAGUGGAGUGUUGGUCAGAGCAAGCCGCCCUAUUCUAUUACCAGACAUAAUUGGGAGAAGCUCAUCCGCUAGAAAUGCUUUAUUUCGUUUCGUUCCUUUUUUUCAUUUCCUUCUUAUCGAAUCCAUGGGGGACUUGUCAUAUUUAGAAUCUUUCUGCGGUCUGCUCUGUUUACAAAUCUUUCGUACUCUCUUCUCUUUACCACGCGAUAGGUCAGCGAAGCGUGAGCGGGCGCGGAGAAGGAAAGGCCAAACACUUCGGCCUAACGGGAAUGAGCAAGGACGAAAUGACAAGAUGAGGUGCCCCGGGCACCCCCAUAUAGAAAGAAGGGUCGAAGGUUUUGGGCCUGUAGCUUUCCCCGUCCCCCCCUCGUCGAGUGGUGCUUGUUUGGGGGGUGUGCCACCAGAAAUCGGGCUUGAAGCUCUCGCCUUACCAACGAGCCGACUGCUAAUGGCUGUUGGUCACGACUACUACAAAAAAGUGAAGAUGAAUCUUCCUAUUUCACAUGGAGGAGUGUGCAUCUUUAUGUUGGGUGUUCUUCUGUCGAUGGUGCGGCUUAGGUCAACUAAUACGAAUAAGAUAGAGUUCACUCAACGAUUGCCUUUGGGUCCCGAACUCCAUAUGGGGAAGGAACGUUGUUGUUUGCGAGGUCUCGAUCAUUUACAUGGACCCACUUCUCAUUCCAUUUGUGGGAAUUUGAUGAUUUAUAAAUCGUCCCCAACGAGCGAUCGGUUCAUGUUUGAGCAUGAUGAAUCACUUCGUGCCGACCUCUUGCCCAUAAACUUUCCCCCCUCAUAUGAGAAUGGAAAACUGGAGCAUUUUCUGCAUCGGUGGAUGAAGAAUCACGAACAUAAGAAUUUCUGGUUUACCAUGUUCCCAGAAAAAAGAUACUUUUUUUCCAUUCGAGAAAGGACAAGCACGACUGAAGUGGCUAUACAUACAAAUCCAUUUACGGAUCUAUAUGCUCCGAUUGGAACUGGAAGUUCCAGAACUGGCGGCUGGUAUACCACCAUAAUGAAAUUGCCUUUUAUUUUUAGUAUUCGGAUAGGAUUUCUGUUGGCUUCAUCGGGAGGCUCGCGUAGUUUGUUACGUCAGCUCCAAAAGGAUAAGUUGCAUUGGAAUCGAGAAAGUUCCGUUCCGUUCAUAAUUGCGUAA